GAUAAUUAAUUAUAUUGUUGUUGACAAGGACAGGGGCAACCCUCACUCACUCACUCAUUGUCCUUACUCACCCCUCUCUCUCUUAGCAUUAGCAUCAAAAACACUCUCUUGGUUAUCCAAUCCAAACACCACCCUUCUUCUCAUACCCUGCUCAGUUAGCAGCAGCUACUCUCAUUCCUCUACCGGAGCAAAACUAUAAACAAAAAAAACAAGUCCAUCGUAUGGGUCUCUUAGCAUCCUCAUGCUUCAUUCUCAUUGCUCUCCUACUCCUCACUCCCAAAGGUGUUAUGGGUGCCACCUUCACAUUCUUUAACAAAUGCGACUACACAGUGUGGCCUGGGAUUCUCGCAAAUGCCGGUAGCCCACCACUCGACAGCACCGGUUUUGAGCUCCCCAAGGACACUUCUCGCGCCUUCCAAGCUCCCACCGGCUGGUCCGGUCGUUUCUGGGGCCGAACCGGUUGCACCUUCGACGGAUCCGGCGCCGGCUCAUGCCUCACCGGCGACUGCGGCUCCGGCCAAGUCGAAUGCAACGGCGCCGGAGCCGCCCCGCCGGCAACCCUGGCGGAGUUCACGCUCGGCACCGGAGGUCAAGACUUCUACGACGUGAGCCUCGUUGAUGGCUACAAUCUUCCCAUGAUCGUGGAAGGCACUGGUGGGUCGGGUCUUUGCGCCUCCACGGGUUGUACCUCGGAUCUGAACCAGCAAUGUCCUGCGGAGCUGAGAGCCUCGGAGGGAAGCGCGUGCAAGAGCGCGUGUGAGGCUUUUGGUAGCCCUGAGUACUGCUGCAGCGGCGCGUAUGGCUCACCCGCCACUUGCAGGCCGUCCAUUUACUCGGAGAUGUUCAAGGCUGCUUGCCCUAGGUCUUAUAGCUACGCAUACGAUGAUGCUACGAGUACGUUUACGUGUUCCGGCGCCGAUUAUACCGUUACCUUCUGUCCAUCCUCUCCAAGUCAGAAAUCUUCACGAGAUACCACUACCAACCCCAUGACCUCAACAACAACAUCACCAGGGUCAGGGACAGUGACAGGAACCGGAACCGGAACAGGAUCCGAAGGGGCAGUGGUAUACACGGGUGCGGACAACGGCGUUGCGUAUAAUACAGUUACGGAUUCCGGGUCAAGUUCAGGAUCCGGAGGAGAAACAAUGCUCGCAGAUGGGUCAUAUUUAGCUGGUUUAGCCAUGGGAGACUCCCCUAAAAGAACAGUUUCCAUCGCGUUUGUUUACUCUGCUAGCUUUUUGCUUAUUCUCUUCCUGCUUUAGCUGCACCAGCAUUGCUUGUUAAAUGUGUAAAUGGCUCUUAGAUUUUCGGGUUUUUCGUGGGUGGGUUCAAGAAUUUUGGCUUUGCCAGUAAAGCUGGCAGAUUCUCUCCCUCAUUGUAAACCACCUUCCAAAAGAUUCGCCAGAAAAAGUAUUCCGUGUUUCAUUCGUUAAAGUGCUUGUUUUUAUAUUAGUAUUAUCAUCUUGGGAGCAUUUAUCUCCCCCAUCCAA